AUGUUCAGUAAUGAUUUUUGGUUAUAUCUUAUUCGAAUAAAAUUUGGUUCAGCAAUAUGGCGUCGUUUUAUUAAAAAUUCUUCUAUUUUAAUUGAUAAUAAUAAUGAAUUUUCUUCAUCAUGUCGUUCAAAAUUAAUCUAUUGUGAAUUACUUAAACGUCAUUGUAUAUCAUUUACUGAUUUUAAUCAAAUAAUUCUUGAUACAAAUCGAAAUUAUAUAACUAUAUCUGAUUCAUCAAGUUUAAAUGGUGAAGUACUUUAUAUAAAUGAUUCAAUUCAAUUUUGUUAUUCACUUCAUAUUGAAACAAAAUUUAAAAAUAUUCUUCCUGGACAAUAUGAUGUAAUUUGUCGUAUGAAACUUGAUUUACCAUAUAUAUUAGGUAAUACAGAAUUUAUUGCUAUUGCUGAACAAAUAAAUUCAAGUAAAAUAGCAUAUAAACAAUGGACACAAGAUGAUUUUUUUAUCAAUGUAUAG